UGUUAAAAAUAAAAAUAAUCGUUCUCCGUUUGUGGAUAACGAGGAAGAAGAUAUGGGACACAGUGACGUGAGUAAUAACACAGUGUCUGGCAAGCAGAAAAAAGACGUUCCAAAGUUGACUUAUUAGAGGAUCGUUUUGACGAGAAAUACGGUAAACUUGAAAACAUUUUACACAAUAUUGUUGCAUUGUUGCAAUGCCAGUCACAAAGACAUGGUAAUUCAAAGCAGGGGAAUGGCAAAAGCCCCAAUUAUGACCAGGGGAGUGAUAAAAGUCCCAAUUAUGAAGAGUGAACUGGUCAAAGUUCCACAAGUAAUCGUCAAGAUGACGUGCUUUCCAUUCAUCCUGCUUCCUCUGAACAUUUUUCGUUGUCUGAUUCAGAAGAGGAAGACACAGAGCACAGUGCGAGUGUACGCAGAUAUUUGAAAGACAUUUUUGGAGAAGAUGCAUGUUUGAAAAAAGAUGCACAAAAGCCAACUGGCAUUUGCUUAGAAAAUUCACAGAAAGAAAUUUUGGAACAAAGCUAUCGGUCUAAGACACCUAAUAAUGUAACAGCCUUUUCUGGAGAGUGCAAAGAUUUAUUUCCAGUUGAUGAAGACACUGAACAUUUUUUACGUGUACCUACAUUGGACGAUAUUGUAGACACGUGUCUAACAAAAAAGUUUGGUUCUAUAGCUUCAUUCGCUAAACAGGGAACUUUUCUGUUUUCACAACCAAACAAAAUGGUGGAGAAGACCGCAUACAGAGGACAACAAAGUGUCUACAUGGGUAUUGUUACACAGAUGUACAUGCAACAAUCGCUUGCAAUGUUAAUGGACAUGGCUACAGAUAAACCAGACAUUGAGAAAAAAGUGAAGGACAUUUUUGCUUUAUCCACAAGAAGUCUAGAUCAAUUUGGUAGAGCAGGAGCAUUUUUUCAUAUCAUACGUAGACAAGUCACAAUGAGCGAGACUUCUUUAUAUGAACUUGAUGAUUCAAGGAUAAUCAGUAACCUACCCUUGAGAGGUGACGGGGUGUUUGGUGAAGAAUUGGAAAAGACUCUCAAACAAAAGAAAGACAAAAGAAAAACACUUGAAGAGUUAUUGCCGGAAAAAUUGCAAAAGAAGGAAACAUUUAAGAGGAAAGCCAGUGACCAGACAGAACAACAAACAUCUGUCAAAAGACAAUAUGUUAAGACAAAUACAAUAAUGGGUGUUCAGCCAAAUGAAUACAAUAGAGCGCCACCUACAUUUCGCAUUCCAAAAUACAAUGCGGAAUCACGAAGUACUUUUCGAACGGAGCACAGAUCUGGUAGCUCGAGAGGUCGGGGCAGCUAUACAGCCAAUAACAGACCAAGGGCUACAGUUGCCAAGAUGCCUUCAAGCAACCACCGUUUGAGCCAAUAAAGACAGCCAGUUAAAAGUAUGUAACUUACAAGACAGUUUUUCUCAUAGCAAUUACAACUUUUCGCAGAUGUGGAGAUUUACAAUCUUUGACUUUGGGAGAAAAUUCUGUGAAUGUAAAAGCAAAAGGUGUAACUUUCAUAAGGAAUGGUUUAUCGAAACAGGACAGAGGUUCAAAUCAGAGCAAUACUAUUUUUAUUCCUGCUUUUCCAAAGAACAAGUUGUUGGAUCCAAAACGAGCAUUGACUUGUUAUUUGAAAUCAACAGAACAAAUUAGGAAUUCAAAAGAGAAGGACUCUUUGAAAUUAUUUUUAACUGUAAAUAAACCACAUAGACCGGCUUCAAGUCAGACAAUUUCGUCAUGGAUUGUUAAGACUAUUCAAAAGUCACACAAGAUAAAAAAAAAAGUGAAUGUACCUAAAGUUAAAGGUCAUUCAACUAGGUCAAUCGGACCAUCAUGGGCUCUUUUUAAGGGAGCUCCAUUGAAAGAUGUUUUGGACAGUGCGGAUUGGAGUAGGUCAUCUACUUUUGUGAAGUUCUAUUUUAAAGAUGUAUCAUUUGAUUUUCUUAAAUAAUAAUGUUUUCUCCCCGGCGAGUUAUUUUCCGGAAUGUGAACUGUUUUUAAGUCAACAGUAUGAAACAUAUCAUAUAUAUGAUGGUCACAAGUAGUGGUUUAUCAAUCAUAUAUUUUUUUAAUAUAUUGUUUAAAUAUGUGGAAAGGUGAAUAAGAAUACAUGAUUUGUGCUGUGUACAGUUAUUAUUGUGUAUAUAAGAGGGACUGUUGUAGCAGUUUUUAUGAAUUAGAAGAUAUAGAAAACUCUGGGAUGAGAUGAUCUUCUAUAAUUGUUGGAGUGGUCAGAAAGUACCUGAACCCUCCUCCAAAGAGGGACUGCUU